AUGACCCACGCUAACUGGUGUGUGAGUCAGAUGGAAUCCACGCUCAACAGCGUUUUAGAAACAGCUUCUGCACCAGAAGGAAAGGAAUCGAUGGAAAACCUUUGUCUAAAUACGAUCAAGGGCAAUAACUUGACCCAAUGUUAUAUUGAUGCUACAGUAGGAUGUCAAUCAAAUAUUGAUUCACAGCCAACAGAGACGAUGAAAAAUUGGGAAAAAGUCAUGCAAGAUAUUUAUAAACUUUGUGAUGGAACCUGUCCACAGUUUUUAGAAAGAACUAUUAAUAUAACCCAAUGUACCAGUAUGAUUAGAUUUGAUUCUCUGUAUGAAAAUGCUUUCAAUAUCUUUUGCACAUCGUUAAACGAAAGUUUACUGUGUGCCCAAUCAAUAACUGAAGAAUGUCCAAUGUUCGGUAGAUUAUUUUAUGAUCUUCUACCACAGGGUGUUGAUGCUACAGCUAAUUCAAUAUGUACAGCAGGUUGUAACAACUUUGAUGAAGCUAUGGGUGUUUUAGAAAACUGUAAAAUACACGUAAUGAACUUACCAGAAGAUCUAGAAAUGGCUUGUCAGGCAUACAACAAUUUUAAACAGUGUUUACAUGCUUCAAGUGCACCAGUAACAUGCCCAAUGUUUGAAGCCUUAAUGGAAGUUUUAUAUCCACAACAUAUUUUUGGUUUAUAUGAACAACAGUGUAAUAAAACAUUCGAUACGCUGCCAGAGGUUCCGGUUUUAAUUUGCCAGAUAUCAGUUCAUAUUCUAGGAGAGCAAAAGCUGGUGAUUAACAUGACGUUAUUGGUAUUACUCUUGGUAUCACAAGAUGAUCUUUUUACAGGUAGUCGAGAAGAAUGUGGAGAGACCGGUGAAGCAAGAAUAAAACAUUGUGUUCGAGUCUUGGCUUUAUCUUGGCCAGCUUCAUUAAAUAAAUCACCAGUAUCAACUAAACAGUGCAAAGCUUAUGAAACGGGAUUAAGAUGCCUAGACAAUGCAGGAUACCAUCGCUGCCCGUCUUUACGUCAGUAUUUUGACGAAGCUACUGCUGAUAGAAGAGAUUUUAUGGAUAUGAUGCAGAAUAAAUGUAGUAAUAUAUUAUCUGAUGGUAAACAACAUAACACUGGUAAACAAUCUGUUGGAGGGGGAGCCUCUGGUUUACAUUCUACUACAAGUUUAUUUAUUGUUGUGUUAACAGUAUGGCACUGGAACCAUUAA